UGUCGCUGAUGGACAAAGUUGGGCUGCAGAAGAACAGUUUUAAAAUUAUCGAUGUCACCAACAAGAGAGGAUCCGUAGAAACCCUGACAGAAGCAAAGAUCUCAUGUGUAAUUGAAGAGAAGGUUUGUAAUUGUUGAGCUGACAAGGAAGAGAAAAACUUCGAGAUUCAGGAUACAAUUUUUACUACUUUUUAUUGUUGGUUUGAGCCAAAUGUAUCUACAUGUACACCGCACUGUCUAGGAACAUGAUCCACGGAGCCACAGAGGUGUACCAAGUGAAAUCGAAGGAGAACUAAGAAACAUACAGUUGUUGUAAAAUCACCUCAUUCAGAUUUAUUUGAAUUUUCUUUCUAGGACCUAUAUCUCCACUAUUUCCUUUCCCGAUACCCAGGCCGUACUUUGGUUUUCUCCAAAACUGUAGACUGCGUGAGGAGACUGGGCUCUUUGUGUAGGCUCCUGGACUUUAACCCGUGGGUUCUGCACGCCAGCAUGCAACAAAGGCAAAGAUUAAAGAAUUUAGACAGGCCGGGUGAAAACUGAGUGGGAUGGAAAAAACAAAAAUACAAAAGACAAUGAAACAAACGAAACAAACAAAAACCAGAACAAAAAAAAAACCAAACAAAAAACUCAACAAAACAAAGCAACUAUUAGGAACCCAAUUUUGUAGACAACGUGCUAUUUUCCUGUUGCGUCCUUCACGUUCUUUACUGCGCAACUUGCUUUGCGCAAAACACUGGGUGACACGCGUGCUAUGUGGCCUUGGAUCAGAAUCAUCCUGAUCUUAUCACUAUUUUUUUUCAUCAAAACAGUGAGUAUAGUUUACGAACUAACCGACCAAUGGAAUUUCCUUUUUUGAUAGACUAUAACUGGAUCGCCUUGACUGAUUAAAACCCGCCCCUCUCCUCCCUCAGAGAAUAUCUAAAGCUAGAUAGGACUCACACCAGCCAAUGAAAUUUUGGCUGAUUCUUUUCUUGCCUGUUAAAUUUAAGCAAAGUGCGAGUGGCUUACUUCUGGCUACAGAUGUGGCCGGGAGAGGUUUGGACAUACCAGCUGUUGAGCAUGUGAUUCACUAUCAAGUUCCGAAGGACCUUGAUGUAAGUACGUGUAAGUAUGUGUGUACGGUUGGUUAGCUUGUGCAGUUGGUUAGCCUGUGCGGCAGGCGGGAACGGGAGCGAUUGCUUUUUGGCGGCAGUGCUUUCAUUCUCCGCGAAACUCUACCUUGACAAAAGGCUUCGGAAGUCACACUGCUUCAACCAACCAUGCGUUGACCAAGGUGUGGGCUACAAGUCUCAACUGUAAGAGAAGCUCAACCAGAAUGUGGAUAGCAAAGUUCGAACGUCGUUGACGCCUGAAUUCUUUAUUUACCUCUAAAUUUAUUUAAUUGCAUAUAUUUAGUUAUUUCUAAAACUUCAUUUUCUAAAUCUUUGUUUUGUUUCCGAUUUGAGUUAAUGUGUGAGGUUCACCUACCGAAAUCAAAACAUAAUUCAUUUCAGUUAAUGAGUUUUGAUUUAGGAAAAAAAUUGACUCUGUUCAAAUGCAGUUUAUAUGAGAGGAGUACUUUUGUUAUUGUUUAUCGUCCUUAGUUGUAUCUCAUUUAAUCAUGAACUGUUGUGUAAUGUAACCACAAUGUAAGUAUUAACUUUAGCGCAACCAUCUUAUGUGAUUCUGCGUUCCUAAAUUCUUUCUCUGUGUUCGUUGACAGCUUUACAUUCACCGCAGUAGACGGACAGCUAGAGCAAGCAGGGAGGGUCUGAGUGUCGUUCUUGUUGGCCCAGAAGAAAUGGGAUCAUACAAGAAAAUUAUGAAGGCGCUUAAUGGAGGUGAA